AUGGCGGGGACCGUAGCUGAGCGGGACGCGCUGAAAAUAGAGGACGGGCAUUUAAACAACUCCCUGGGAUCCCCGGUGCAAGCUGAUGUGUACUUCCCUCGCCUGAUCGUCCCCUUCUGUGGGCACAUCAAAGGAGGAAUGAGGCCGGGAAAGAAGAUCUUAGUUAUGGGCAUAGUGGACCUCAACCCCGAGAGCUUUGGCAUCAGUCUGACUUGCGGGGAGUCAGAAGAUCCUCCUGCGGAUGUAGCCAUUGAACUGAAAGCCGUGUUUACAGACAGACAGUUUGUCAGAAACUCUUGUGUAGCCGGAGAAUGGGGGGAAGAGCAAUCAUCUAUUCCUUACUUUCCGUUUAUACCGGACCAGCCUUUUAGGGUGGAGAUACUUUGCGAGCAUCCCCGUUUUAGAAUAUUUGUGGAUGGACAUCAGCUCUUUGAUUUUUACCACCGUAUUGAAACACUGUCAGCAAUUGACACGAUAAAGAUAAAUGGAGAUCUUCAGCUUACAAAACUUGGCUGAGCUUGUUAGGACUGCAGAUCCCAAACCGGCUCAGGUGCCAUCGUCCGUUUGGAGAAGUGACAGCCGGCUCUGGACACAGCUAUGGUAGGAAGGCUGCCCCGUUCCUUUUCCGCAUGCAGUUCUUCAGUCCUGUGCCGAUGAACCGGGCUGUUGUUUAUCCUAAUGAAGAACAUUGUUGGUUAAUAGACAUUGAGCCGUUUUUCUUGGAUCAAAAUAGCCCACCUGUGCUGGAUAAUCAAAUUGGAA